GCGCAGAUCCGCCCUGUCCCCCCCACACUAGUGUGUCUCGUGUGCUGAGUGGUACAAGCCGGUUAGCAUGCCACUCUACGCAGAAUCUAACGCAAAUAAAAACAAGUCGUAAUUAAACAGCAAAUAAAGAUCUGCAUUUGAAGCCAAGCCGCUGAAAUAUUGGAGCCGAGGAGGGAGUGGGUUGGUGGACAGAGGGGUGCGUGGCGGUGGGAAGAGCUUUCCUAAAACAGAUCCUCCCGCACGGCUCGCUCAGAACAUGGCGGAGCACCACACCGCCUCCGAUAGUAAGCACAAAGCGAGCACCAACGCCGUUUCGGUCUCGGGCAACGGGCGGCCCAACUCCCCGGCUGGAUGUAGCGGCGGAGGCCUGUCCGGCGGACUGACGCAACCGGCGGGAUGGCAGUCUUUGCUGUCGUUCACUAUUCUCUUUCUGGCCUGGUUGGCAGGAUUCAGCUCUCGACUUUUCGCAGUUAUUCGCUUCGAGAGCAUCAUUCAUGAGUUUGACCCUUGGUUCAACUACAGAUCGACUCAUCAUCUCACCACCAACGGCUUUUACGAGUUCCUCAACUGGUUUGACGAGAGAGCAUGGUACCCUCUGGGCAGAAUAGUGGGGGGGACGGUGUAUCCUGGUCUGAUGGUGACGGCAGGUCUGAUUCACUACAUACUGAAUCUGCUUCAUGUGACUGUUCACAUUCGAGAUGUUUGCGUGUUUCUGGCGCCCAUCUUCAGCGGCCUGACCGCCAUCUCCACCUUCCUGCUGACGCGAGAGCUGUGGAAUCAGGGUGCGGGGUUGCUGGCGGCAUGUUUCAUCGCCAUCGUACCCGGCUACAUCUCCCGCUCUGUGGCCGGCUCUUUCGAUAAUGAGGGCAUUGCCAUUUUCGCCUUGCAGUUCACCUACUACCUCUGGGUGAAGUCGGUGAAAACUGGCUCGGUCUUCUGGGCCAUCGGCUGCUGCCUCUCGUACUUUUACAUGGUGUCGGCAUGGGGGGGCUACGUCUUCAUCAUCAACCUGAUUCCUCUCCACGUGUUUGUGCUUCUCCUCAUGCAGCGCUUCAGCAGGAGGCUGUACAUCGCCUACAGCACCUUUUAUAUAGUGGGCCUGGUGCUGUCCAUGCAGAUCCCAUUUGUAGGCUUCCAGCCCAUCAGGACGAGCGAGCACAUGGCGGCUGCAGGUGUGUUUGCGUUGCUUCAGGCCUAUGCCUUUCUCCAGUAUCUGAAAGACAGGUUGACCAGACAAGAGUUCCAGACCCUAUUCUUUCUGGGAGUCUCUCUGGCAGCGGGGCUGGUUUUCCUUACCGUGAUCUACCUGACCUACACAGGGUACAUUGCUCCUUGGAGUGGGCGUUUUUACUCUCUGUGGGACACUGGAUACGCAAAGAUCCACAUCCCCAUCAUCGCGUCCGUCUCGGAGCACCAGCCCACCACCUGGGUCUCAUUCUUCUUUGAUCUGCACAUCCUGGUCUGCACCUUCCCGGCCGGCCUCUGGUUCUGCAUCAAGAACAUCAAUGACGAGAGAGUUUUCGUGGCUCUGUACGCCAUCAGUGCCGUGUACUUUGCUGGCGUGAUGGUGCGGCUCAUGUUGACUCUCACCCCGGUCGUGUGCAUGCUGUCGGCCAUCGCCUUCUCCAGCGUGUUCGAGCACUACCUGGGAGACGACAUGAAGCGCGAGAACCCGCCUGCGGAAGACAGCAGCGAUGAGGAUGAUAAGAGGAAUCAGGGGAACCUAUACGAUAAGGCCGGCAAAGUGAGAAAGCACGUGUCCGAGCAGGACCGCCCGGAGGAGGGACUGGGGCCGAACAUCAAGAGCAUCGUCACCAUGCUGAUGCUGAUGCUCCUGAUGAUGUUUGCAGUUCACUGCACCUGGGUCACCAGCAACGCCUACUCCAGUCCCAGCGUGGUGCUGGCGUCAUACAACCAUGAUGGGUCGAGGAACAUCCUGGACGAUUUCCGUGAAGCGUAUUAUUGGCUCCGGCAGAACACGGAUGAGCACGCUCGGGUCAUGUCCUGGUGGGACUACGGUUAUCAGAUAGCAGGCAUGGCCAACCGGACGACGCUGGUGGACAACAACACAUGGAAUAACAGCCACAUAGCACUGGUUGGUAAAGCCAUGUCCUCCAAUGAAAGUGCAGCCUAUGAGAUUAUGAAGUCGCUGGAUGUGGAUUAUGUCUUGAUCAUCUUCGGGGGUGUGAUCGGAUACUCGGGCGACGAUAUUAACAAGUUCCUGUGGAUGGUGCGCAUUGCAGAGGGAGAGCACCCUAAAGAUAUUCGGGAGAGCGAUUAUUUCACACCACAGGGAGAGUUUAGGGUGGAUAAGGCCGGAUCGCCCACCCUGCUCAACUGCCUGAUGUACAAAAUGUCUUACUACCGCUUUGGGGAAAUGCAACUGGACUUCCGCACGCCUCCCGGCUUCGACCGGACGCGUAAUGCUGAGAUCGGCAACAAGGACAUCCAUCUGAAGCACCUGGAGGAGGCGUUCACUUCCGAGCACUGGCUGGUGCGCAUCUACAGGGUGAAGAAGCAAGAGAACAGACAAGCCCUGGACCACAAGCUCCGCAACAUCUCAGCCAAGCAGAAGUACACCUCAAAAAAGACAGCCAAGAGGAAGAGGGGGUUUAUCAAAAACAAAUUGGCUCUGAAAAAAGGCAAGAAACUGGUCAAGAAGUCUGUUUAGCUAUUGAAUGGAAAGGUCUAGAAUGGGAAAAAUAGGAAAACAAAAGACAAGGACUAAUGCAACUAGUAAGUAAUCCAUCGUCUGGCACCGCCCACCUAAGAAUAUUUGAUUGGAGGCUUUCGGUCCUGUGAUUGCCAUGACGACACGGAGGUUCCACGAUCGGUCGGAGGAUGGAGCAAGGAUGGGGAUCAAUGGCUGUUUUAAUCUGACAACUCUGGACUCAGUUUGGUUGUUUUGCCUUUGUUUUGUUUCUUUGUUUUUCUUAUGUACUUGAAUGUGCAGAUGAAGGCCGUUUGCUAAAUGGCAGUCGCUAUUUUUCUGGUAACAUAAUCUAACCGAACGCUAACAACUGACCGACGACUAUCAAUUCGGUAAAGCUCAGUGAAUCUUGGAGCACCAAAGAAAAUGUUUUUUUUUUUUUUUGUCAGAGCCUGUAUGAAAUGACCUUUGAUAGAUUUAAAAAUAAAAGAUGUGGAAUCUGAAGAAAAUGGAUCUGCAGUCGGACGGGGUGUAACUUGCUCUUUUGGUUUUAAUUCUCUGUAAACCCCUUUUCCCGUGUAACAGAAUGCAGCUGUGUCUUUGGCUCUGAAUUUGUGCGAUUCUUUCCAUUAAACAGAGUAGGUUUUUGCUAAGGUUUAACUAUGAUGGUGAUUUUUGAAUUAUAACGUUUUGUUGAUUAAGUUUUGAAUGUUUUUGUUUUCUAUUGGUUGUACGAUUUUAAAAGUGUAUGCAAUAAUUCAAAAAUCUAAAGUUUGAUGAAGAAUCGUGUUUUUGGUCUUUUUGUUUUUCUCGUUUUGUCCAGAGACCGCUGUGGUUUGGUAUCUCCUGGACAGUUUCCACUUAUGGAUGUUUUUCCCCUCUUUUGACUAACGUUUUGGGCCGAUUAGAAAUUCUGAACGACUGUCUGCCAGGACAAAAGUGUGAAUUGAAUUAGCUGUAGGUUUAUAAAAAAUGCUGCAUUAUUAGUCUGAAUGCACUUUGUCUUAGUUCAACUUAAUCUGGAUCCACUACUGAGUAGCAUGCGGGUGGAGAGUGCGUGUUUUUAGUGUGACACUUCCCAUCUUUUUUUUUACGUUGAAAAGAACGCUUUCUGCAACAUCAAAUGGGUUUGGGCUCUCCUCAGUUUUACUCCGGCUGUCAUCUAAACUUUCCUUGUUUCUUUGUUUCCUGGCUUUCCAGUUUCCAGCUUUGUGUUUUGCUUUUGCUCCGUGUUUUUUUAUAUAAUUGAAAGGAAACUUUGCUCUAUAUAACAUACUUGCGUUCUUCUCAGAGGGCUUCGAAUCUUUGGAAGGUAUUUAUUAACAAGAAUGAAAUUGAAGACGAGGCAGCCUUUCAUCCUGAAAUGCAAAAAGCUGUAAUUUUCUUUUUCAAAUGAAAAUUUAUUCCAUGAAUUGUAAAAAAAAAAAACAAAGUCAAAAACAGAUGGAGAGCAGCAGAGAUGCUGUUGUGAGUUGAUGCCUAUGUUAUUAAAAGACUCAGUGAAAGCGUUGGUCUUA